AUGACCUGUGUUUCGCCAGAGAUGAGAAAGAAAAGGAAUCGAGAUGCUCAGGCCAAGCACCGCAAGAAGAAACAGGAGGAAGCUGAACGCCUCAAAUCAGAAGUGGAACAUCUCCGCAGAAAGCUGCAGGAAGUCCGUGACGCUAUGGCAAGCAACGACAUGCAGCGAUUGAAGUAUAUUGUGCUAGAUGAGACGCGGCCUUCGACGCCUCAGCCCGAUGCGUCAGGCACAGUCGAGUUAGGCACGCCAAUCACUGACGGAGGGUACGCCGAGUCGGCCGAUCCUUUCGCGAUAUCAUCUAUCAUUCCCUACUCGGUCUACAGCACACUCGACUGUACGCUCCCCCUACCAGAGUACAACCCUUACCCCGCUACUGCAUUUCAAACAUCAUUUACAGAAGGCUACAACCAAAUGCUGCCAUGGAAUUUGGUUCCCUCGGUUCCGGCAUUGCCCAGCAUUGGGAUGCCAGGAUUGCUCGACAUGUCAUCAUGGCUCGAUCCGCAGCUGCUAAUCUCAUGA